AUGCAAAGAACCCUGAAAAUUGCAGGCUACAAGGAAGUUCAGCAAAACAUCUAUAUGUCUCCAAGCUUGGUACUCACGAAUGAGUCCUUGGGUUCACUGUUGCCAUGUGCCAGAGGUUUCUGCUGCCACAUUAGACUAGAGUUCCACAAAUACAGCCAGGGCCUUCCAGACACACCAGAAAGCACGUUCACUCCACUUUCAGAAGUGAAGCCUCAAGAAUCUCAGCACCCAGGGGGGCAGCAUGGUGUAGAGGACAGAGCACUGGAUUUGGAAUCAGAAGACCUGCUCCGUCACUCAGGACCUCCCCAUUUAUUUGUCCUAGAUUUGCCAAUCUCAAACUUAAAGGAAGCACCCCUUCUGACUGGGGAGUCACCAUCAUUUCAGCCUGUCCUCAGGACUCAGACCCAAAUAUCCUGUCCCAGAAGCAAAGGGACCACCCACAGCUUGAGAAACACAUGGAGACAGACACCACUAAGCACUCUGGCCAUCCCAAGCAUUACUGCCUCUCACCGGGCAAAGGGGCUACCCGAAGCUGAGUCUAGCCCACGUGGAUUCUGCUGGAACCCAAGGAAAACAAGAAGAAGGGAGAGGAAAAGCCCCCUGCCUGUUUUCCCCUUGGCUCUGCUGCCUGACUUCCUAGAUGCGCAUCCAUAUAUUCUUAAGACCCAGAAGGUGAAGGGAGCAGUCCUAGAGGAACCUUUUUCACUUCAAAAGGAUCAGAGAGCAUCUCAACAUCCCAGCACUCCAGAAUAAAGAGGGCAUUGUCAUGUCCUGGCAUUCCAGGAGGGGUUUUUCAGUCAACCUAGCAAUGAUAACCUAGGGAGCAAGGAGUGACCAUCGGGACAACUUAAGGAGCUAAAGUUUUCUCAUUCAACGAGUAUUUAUUGCAUCCUCACCGUGUGCCUAGCACUGCAUUGGAUGCUAUGGGAGAGAGGU